GCUGUGUUAUAUUUUGAUUCUUUGUUCAAUACGAUUUGUUUUGUCAUCUUAAAUUCGUAAUUAACAAUAAUAAUAAUCAAUUUUUCUCAUCAUUUGUUUGUAUUUUUUUUAAUGACGUAGAAGUUUUUUGUGAAUAACAUUAAUACUAGUGGGUUUUUCUUAGAAACAGAAUUUUUACACGAUUUUUAAACUAUUUAGAAUAAAUAUGAAUCUGUGACAAAAAGAAAUCUUCAUAAAAAUAAUCUUACCAUUAUUAAAUGGUACAGAAUCCUAAUAAUUUCAAAUGGCGACCCAAAAUCCUCCAAUAUGUUUAAAUGAUGGUGUUAUUCCUGAUACUGUUAAGAAAAUCGAUGUGCCAAAAACCAAAAUACCAUAUACAAAUAACUUAAACAAGCAUAAACGUGCAGGCUCAACGGGAACAACAGGAGAUGAAUCUUAUACUACUGAUUCAGAAGAUGAGGAAAAAGAAGAAUCAUCGUAUGAGCAUGUAAACAUUGUCUGUAAUGGUAUGUUUACAUAUCAUGAUGAUGAGAAUGAUCUAAAGAAAAAAGGUAAAAGUCCAUUGGAAUUAUCAGAAACGACAAUGGAUCAUCAUUUGAAAGAUAAGAUUUCUUGGGAAACCUUGUCUUCUUCAGAAUCAUCAUCUGACAGUACAAAAGAUUUUACUGAAAUUGGUGUUGAUAAAAAUGAAUUGAUUAAUCGAUUACAGGAAGAAUUACGCUUGGCGCAAAAUGAAUUAAAGUUGCGCGAUGAAGAAAUUGUACGUUUAACACGAAUUCGUACCGAUGUCGAAGCCGAAAUUGAAGAUUUAACGGCUAGUUUAUUCCAGGAAGCUCAUACAAUGGUACAGCAGGCAAAUAUUAGUCAGGCAUCAGCUGAAAAUUCCUUAAAAGAGAGUGAAAUGAAAGUAGAAGUUUUAUCAGCAGAAGUAGCUGCAUUAAAAACACUUGUCUUAACAUCUACACCAAGUUGUCCCAAUCCUCAUUUACAUCCACAAAUUUCACCGCGUAAUAAUAAAGAAGAAUACGGUGGAGUAUUUACACGUAAACAUCAACGUUCUCCGUCACAUUUUAAUUUAAAAUAUGGUCGUGAAGCGUCUCCACCUGAUUCUCCGUCAAAAGAAAUCCGCGCACCAUCUAGUUUAGGCGUAGAUCAAGUUGAUUGUAAGGAAGGUUAUGAGGUGGACCCAAAUGUUCAUAAAGAAUUUUUAGCAUGGAAACAAAAUCCAAAAGUUGAUAAAGCGGAUCCAUUUAUAUCACGGAUUUACAACGAAGACAUUAAUUUAUGUUUAGAUUUUAAUAAUCACGAACUAUGUGAAAAAUUAAAAACUGCUAUUGACUCAGGAAAUAUAUUUGUUGAGGCGGUUAGUGAUAAAACUAAAGUUUUAUUUCCAAAAAAAUGUGCAUUAUUAGAAGUACCUCGGAUAUGUAAUUAUCGUAUGAAACUUGGUGAACAAGAUACAUGGCAUAACAUAUCACAAAUUUGUAGAAAUAGGAUAAUUGCUGUAUGUGAUUUUUUAAAUUAUCUUCGUUAUAUUGAACGUGGUUUAGUUAAAAAUUCCGCACAUGAUGUGUAUUGGGAAAUGACACGACUUCGAAAAGAAAUAGUGUUCGCUCGUCUUGGCUUGCCAUUAUCAACAAAUUUAUAAGUAAAUUAGAAAUUUUGAAUAAUAAUUUUUAAAAAAAUUACCAAAGAUUAAAAUAAAUAAAUUUUAAAUAAUUUUAAUUUAAAAAAUGUAAGGUCACUUAACUGACAAUCGGAUGAUCAGUUAAAAAUCAUUUUUUAAUGAAGUUAUUUCAGAUGCGAAAUAGUUUAAAAAUUAAACUGUGACCAAAAUUGGCAACGAAUAUGUAUGAAAAGGUGGCCACAAAUAAUUUUACUUUUCAAGUUUUACAUUUCUCGAAUAUAAAUAGUAAAGAUAAUUUAUAAGGAUUCUAUUCAUGCGACCAAUUUUGAAUACUUUACUUCUCUCCAUAAUAUUUUGUCUCUUGCCAUGAAUCUUGAAACUUGGACGAAAACAUAAAAAACAUUUGAAAUUGUAAAUUAUGUG